AUGGCGUGUCCCCUGGAGCAGGCCAUGGCCAUCAUGGUCACCACCUUCCACAAGUACUCGGCCAAGGAGGGCGACAAGUUCAAGCUCAGCAAGGCCGAGCUCAAGGAGCUGCUCAACAAGGAGCUGCCCGUCUUCGGCAGCAAGCAAAUGGACGAGGCGGAGUUCAAGCGGCUGAUGAACGACCUGGACCACGACAAGGACAGCGAGGUGGACUUCAAGGAGUACGUUUGCUUCCUGGCCUGCGUCACCAUGGCCUUCAACGACUUCUUCAAGGACGACCCGGGCAAGCAGCAGCGCAGGAAGUGACCCCGAGUGACCCCCGAGUGACCCCGAGUGACCCCCGAGUGACCCCUGAGUGACCCCGAGUGACCCUCAAUGACCCCUCGAGUGACCCCUCGGGGACCCCUCCCUGUGUCCAUCGCAGCCCAGAGUGGCUUUCAAUAAAAGCUUUUCCCCAA